CACCGGUUGCAGGCAACUUAAGCCAUACUUUAGGAACAAUUAUGGCUCUGUUUCGUUUAGAAUUGUGUUCAUUAGUUCUUGUAAUACUCUUCGAAGCCUCGUUUGGCUAUUUUAUAACGAUCGACGCGCAUGCAGAGGAGUGUUUUCAUGACCAAGUUACAUCUGGAACCAAGAUGGCUCUCAUAUUUGAAGUAGCCGAAGGUGGAUUCUUGGACAUCGAUGUCACGGUACAUAACCUUUUUCAAGGAUUAGAGGGUUGCAGUAUAUAAUCUUUAUUAGAUAAAAUGGUUCCAUAAUCCCUGAUAAGCAACGGUCCUUUUAUAUUGUACCUACAGACUGAUGGCUGCUUGGAACCAUAUUAACUCUUGGCUUUUAAUUUACUGUCCUUUUUUUUCUCUCAGAAAAAAGAACAGUUACCCGCCAUAUGCCAAGUAUUUUAAAUUUGUUUCAAAGAGAUUGUUAUUUUUUAGUUCUUAACCCUACCCUAUCCCCAAGAAAUAUUAUGAGGUGGCAUUUAAACAAGGAGUAAUUGUCAAUCAAAGUGCACUCAUCACGUGCUUUUUAGCCACUGGCAGUAAAAACCGUUAUAGAAAAACUCUCAAAAUGUGUGUGAAAAAAAUGCAGUAUUUUAAAAAGGGUCACAGGGAGGGUGGGUGGGGGGUAGGUUUGCAGGGAUAUUGGUAAGGAAAAGCUAAGGAGGCAUAUGUAUUUAUUAGUCUAUAUGGCUUUUCACUUAACUGUACACCCUCAAAAUUACCCAAUUUAAUUUCCAGGGCAAUUUGAUCCAGUGGUAAGCUAUACCUUCCAAUUCACAUUCAUUUUACGUGAGUCAAACUACUUGCAAAUGGAUGCAGCAACUCUCAACAUUGUUGGCCCAACAAUGUUGGGAGUUAUUGCAUCCAUUUGCACAUGGCUAAAAAUUUGACUGGUUUCAAACUGCAUGCAACAACUCCCAAUAACACCCAAUAAUCUGGCACAGGGUGUGCAAAUGGAUGCAACAUGUAACAUCCAACAAUGUUGGUAGUUGUUGGCCAACAAUGUUGCAUCCAUUUGCACUGGGCUUCACAUAGUGGCGGACCGAAAAUGGACAAUUUCAAGUGCAUAACUCACUAUUCCAAACUACCUGUGUUAUAACCAUUAACGUGAAAAAUGACUAAAGAAUUUAUCUUGCCAAGACAUGAUAAUACCUUGCCUUGGUAACCCCUCAAGAUUAGAUAUAUAAGAUCUUGCAAGCUUGCCAAGAUUUAGCGCUUCUCACCUCUACAUUCUACAACCUUUGGAAAUCUUUGGAAUGUUGGGAAGACAUGAGAACUUCUUUGACACAAUUCAGAAUUCGUUAGAUUUUUUCAGAAAUGAGGAUGUCAAAAAUCCCAUGCAUUUGACUUAGGAAAAGUUGGAAGGUUAAGUAAGCUCAUUUUCAGCUGGUUAAAUUCAUUGGCAGCCCCUGGUUAGUGACAUUCCUGGGCAUGAGAGAUGAAGCAGAACAAUAGUCAUUUACCUACAACCUGCUUUGCUUUGUGAGAGAAUACACCAAGAGACUCUAAUCAAUGUGCAUGUGUACAACUGCUGUAAUAGGAGUUUGUAAAACAUUUUGUUGCUUAUCUUUAACUUUCCAAUAUUUAUUUCUUUACAACAGAUAAGAGGUCCAGAUCAAAAAGUCAUUUACACAGGAGAAAGGGAAAGUAACGGAAAAUAUGCAUUUGCUGCGUAUAUGGAUGGAACAUACCACUACUGCUUUAGUAACAAAAUGUCAUCCAUGACACCCAAAAUAGUCAAGUUCUCCAUGGACCUGGGAGAAGCACCUAAGGAUACAAGUAAAGAGGAAGGUAUGAUUCAAACCUGUUUGAAAAUUGAAGAAAAGGUCAGGUAGAAAACUGCAUAUAAACAUGAUGAGGGCUUUCGCUAAGAUAUCCAGUUACAGGGUAUAUGCAAUAACUUGGCAUAGAAAUGAAAUGAAGGAAGUUCUUGUGGUUCUAUUAAUUUUUUCCUUUUGUUUCCCCCGAAAGUUGCCAAACUUCAUGUUUAUAGUGGCUGGGGGUAAUCCACCCCCCGCCCAGAUUUUUAUUGUUGUAAAAUAUUUUUGUGGGUGGUGAUGUAAAUUUUAUGUGCAUAAAUAAAGUAGAGGCGAGAAGUCGUGCAUAAAUUUAAAAGUUGCACCUCACUCAACUUUUAUGUCUGUGUGCAGCCUCUCAUCCAUCAUCUCUAUUUUAUUUAUGCGCAUAAAGAUUGUGGGAUAGUAGAAAUCCACCUUCAGUGACAGCCCUGAUCCAUGAUUUGGCAAUGCUCUGUGAGGUUGCACUACAGACCAUUUAGAGUUGCUUUCUUUGUAACUUAGACCUUUAAGUUGUACCAGACUUGACUGUGUCUGGACACAAACCUGGCUUUCAUUAUGACAGUCAUUGAUGUACAGGUGAAAAGGCAUUUAAACCAAGUCAGUUUAAGUCAUACUUGCACUAACUCACUGGUAGAGCUUUAUUUGCAGAACGUUGAUUUAUGUUGUUGUUUCAAACCUGCAUAGAAUGAAACUGCUGUAUAUUACUGGCUUAACAUAGUUUUAACAUGCAAACUGCAGUGAUCUAUGGUAAUGUCCAUAUUACCCAGAGUUAACUAAAGAGUUUAAAAAUUCGGCCAAAAAAGUUAUCCUACUUUUUCAAAUGGGGUAUAAUUAACCACAUGAAUCUUUUGUGUGAGAGAGAACAAUAAUGUGUCCUUUUUUUCUCCUGUUUUAAGGUGCACAUCAUGACAAACUAAGUGAAAUGAUUGGUCAGUUGUCUGAAGCACUUACAGGUGUCAAACAUGAGCAGGAAUAUAUGGAAGUUAGGGAAAGAAUUCACAGAUCAAGUAAGUGCAAUAUCUUAUGGUGUUUUUAAGAAUCACUUUUACGAAAAAUGGGUGCAAAGAAAGUCACUUUUAGAGCUUACCAUUAAUUUGAUGAGCAUCGAUUACAGUUCUUCUGUAAUUUGAGUUCCCCCAAAAAUUCAACUUUCCUGUCAAGCAAGUUAAGAACUGUAUUCACUAACCCAAUAGUAAAGUCCAGAAGCCCUGGGCUAUGAGACACUUUCUUUUCACUCUUGUACCCUGUAACUUGUCAUUUGCUGUUCAUCACAUGGAUAUCUGCAUGGAAAUCAGACUGUAGAUUCAUGCUAGUUUCAUCGGUAAAAAUCCGUAGUUUCAUCCAUUAUUGUUUUGGAUAGUUUUAAUCUGUUUAGAUGUACACUGUUAUCCUCAAUGCUAUUAUAUUUAUUAUUAUUUCAUAUUUUCACUGAUGCAAACUGCCAACUAAGGCAGAAAUACUGUGAGAUGGCUGAAAGUGAAAAUUGGGACAUUUUAUGUAACUCGGAUAAAGCAAAAUUUUCAAGCACUGAACCUAUUUGCAAGUUUUCUAGACAAAGUCUGGUACUUGCAAAUCUUAAAAAAGUUGUGCAUGGAAUAAGGCCCUAAUUGAAAAGCAGGUACAGCUGUACUGUCAUGAAAUUUUCCCUUUAGCAAAUUGAAAGAACAAUCUGGCAGUUAAGUAGAAGUCAUUUGGGGCCCUCUCCAAUUAUUAUUUUUGCUUUUCUUACUUUUUUGUUAUUCCAUCCACAGUUAAUGAUAACACAAACAGCCGUGUAGUCUGGUGGUCCUUCUUUGAAUCUCUUGUGCUCGUUGCCAUGACGCUAGGACAAGUUUUCUACCUUAAACGUUUCUUUGAAGUCAGAAGAGUGGUCUAAGAUGUUAGUGCCUAUUUCUACAAAUACAAGAACUGUACAUUACUGUAGCGUUGUUUGAAAGCUUUUUAAGGCUUAUCCUCAAUUGUACGGAUUGAAAGUUUGCCAUGGUUGUUAAUCCUUGUUUCUGAGUUCUUCAUCAACUGUUUUAAAGAAUGACAUUUUGGUUACAUUAUUGUUAAAUUGAAUUUCAGGCUGACAUGAACUUAUUAUUGAUUAUAUUUUACUUUUAGCAACCUUGUCCAAACAGUGAUGGUUAUUAGAAGUAUAUCACUGUUUACUUUUUUUUACUUCUGUGCCAGAUUAGCCAUUUGGAAGGGAAUCAGAGAAGUUGUGUAUUGAUCACUUCUUUUUCUGCGUGACUCAAAGACAUCUGCUACAAUUGAAAUUCAAAGGGGCCCAAUUUUGAAAUUUAUUAAAAUGUUUUCACUUAAAUAAAACUAGUCUAAAAAAUAUUGUACCCCAUUAAUUUUAUUUCAUAGGCUAGGUAUCUGUAAAAGGGUACCCUUUUGAUAUGUUUAGUCCAUAUUUUAUGCGGUAAGGCAUAUCCAUGACCUGUGUUGCAGCCAGACUCAUCACUCUAGACCUAGAUAGAGACCUCAAUAUACAUUGUGGUAACAGGGACUAAGACUGUCUGCAACCCAGGUUACAUAUUCAUGAAGUCACAAGAUUAUGGAAACUCUUCCUAGAGUUCAUCUUUAAAAAGAUAAGUUUAUUUAUCUUGAACUAAUAUCAUAUUAUAUAGCUGUAUGUUACUGUCCCGUGAUCAGGGUCUGUUUUUACUCAGUGAACAGUUACCAUCAGAAACUAGAACAAUACAAAAAAUAAUCGUUAAAAAGUAAUCACUUCUACAAUAACUGUGCUUAGGAUGUGCUCUAAUAUUACAGCUUGGCCACUGAACCUUUCAUUCCCAAGAGUGCCCUUAUAAACAUUUCAAGAAAUACAUGUAUCCCAGAUUUCAUCUUAUCUAGACUUAUUCACAACUGUAGAAAUGAGAGGAAGAUGGGGCUAAGAAAACUUUUUGCAAUGACUUCUGGGAUUGUUACCAGGGACAGGGGAAAAUUUUGGCCACUACCUGACCAGUACAUCCCCUGUAA